GGGACGGAAACCAAACAGCCACGUAGUAAAAGGCGAAGCUCGCAGAAAGUGCUGCCUGUGAUCACGAGUGUUGGACGUGCUUCCAGCUGGCCGGCCUCCCAAGAUGGUUUUGUGAAUCGUUCUUUCCAGAGGUGCACCCGCAGUGCUCUGACUGUUCAGCUUCCUAAUGGAUAUUAAAACCAACCAGUCAGAAGCAGUACAAAUGGAGGCCAGUGUUUUUCAAGAAGACCUAGUUAUAAAAUCCAAAGACACUGAAGCCCACACUAUAGAAGGGAAAACACAAUUGGACCAACAAGGACAGGAUAACACACAAAACACAAAAGGGAAUAUUUGUAAUGGUCCUGUUAGUUCAGGGGUGAUGUCAAAUGGUGAUGGACUGGCCGAAGGUUUUGGUGCUACAGGGCACAUCCGUAUGAACGGGUCUCUGCACCCGACAGCACCACCGCAGAGCACCAGCUCCCCUGUCAACUCCCAGACCCAAGAGGACUCCCAAGGUGUGGCUGCUUAUCAACCCCUGAUGCUAGAGAAGUCUGAGGGGGCUAGUGCUGUGGUCACGGUUCACACGGGUGAUGCAUUGCAGUCCCUCAGACUCAGUAUGCCUAUGCAGGAGACUGAAUUGUCUAUAGCCAACCAGAAGCCAUCAAUGGAGAUGGAGAAUGAGGAGAGGAUUCGCCUGGAUGCUCGCCGGCGCCUGGAGGAGCAGCUCAAACAGUACAGAGUCCAAAGACAUAAGGAGAGGUCUCACCCCACCUCCUCCAAGCCCAGGCCCUUCAGCACACUGGAUCCAGAGCUCAUGCUGCAUCCUGAGGGUCUGCCCCGGGCCAGCACUCAAGCCAUGACCACGGAAUAUUCCUACAUGAGGACCAGUGUCCCACGUGGUCCCAAACUGGGUAGCUUGGGAAUUCCACCCUCCAAGGAGAGGAAGUCCAAGUCACCCCGGCCCAGCAAGAUUCACUCCUUGGCGGACUACAAGUCUCCUGAGAAUGAUGAUGGUGGUGGUGGAGGAGGAGGUGGUGGAGGAGGUGGAGUAAGGACAACAGACAACACAAUGACCUCCCUCCAGUCCACCAUUAGCUCUGUGUCCACGCUGUCUGAGGUUAGUGUGAUGUCAGAGGGGAGCACCUGUGAGAAGGAUGCACAGCCUGGCUCUCCGUUCCAAAUCGGGGACAAUGUCUCAGAAAUUGACGGCAGCGAGUCGGGAACGAGGCCAGGGAACGACGGCAACGACAGCGACAGCUCGUCCUACAGCAGCGUGUCCACCAGGGGGACGUACGCUAUGCUCUCUGCAGCAGUGGAAAGACAGCAGGGGCCCUACACAGUGGAGGGGAGGGAGAUCGCCGCUGAGGCCAUGGGUCAGUUCCCUUCCCUGCAGGAGGUGCUGCAGGCGGCCAGCGAAGAGCAGCACCUGCUGGAUCUGGAGCAGCGGAGAGAAGGGACAGCAGAGCCUCGGAGCCGCAGGGACAGUUUCUCCAGCAGUGUCUCUUUGGAGAGUUCAGUGAUGGGCCAUGAUGAAAUGCUCCAAGUGCUCAAAGAGAAAAUGAGACUUGCGGGCCAGCUGGAGUCCUUGUCAUCGGAGGCCAAUCAGGCUCUCAAAGAGAAGACAGAGCUUCAGGCCCAGCUGGCUACAGUCAAUGCUCAGCUGCAUGUGAAGAAUGAGGAGGCUCAGGUGAGCCAGGACAGACGGAUCGCCCUCACUUCACAGGUUGGAACGCUGCGGCAGAACUGUGGCCAGCUAGAGAAAGCCAUGGUGGAACUUCAGGGAAGUCUGGAAAACAAGAAUGCCAGUCUAGCGUCAUUAAGCAAUGACCUGAAGGUGGCUGAGGAUCAAUACAACAGGCUGAUGGGGAAGGUGGAGGAGAUGCAAAACACUGUGGUCAUAAGAGAUAAUACAGUUCAGGAGUUGCGUCAGCAGAUGGGUGGUCUUCAGAACCAGCUGCAGCAGGUUCAGCUGGAGCGCAGCACCCUGCAGAGCAGGAUGAAAACCUCCCAGGCUGAGAUCGACUCGCUCCAGCAGGUCAGACAGUGGUACCAGCAGCAGCUGGCACUGGCCCAGGAGGCUAGGGUACGACUGCAAGGAGAAAUGGCCAACAUGCAGGCUGGACAGAUGAAUCAGUUUGGUACUCUGGAACAUCUGAAGCUGGAGAAUGUGACACUGUCUCACCAGCUCACUGAGUCGCAACAUCGCUCCAUCAAAGAAAAAGAGCGUAUCGCUGUUCAGCUGCAGAGCAUUGAGGCUGACAUGCUGACCCAGGAAGCAUCUUUCAAGCAAAUCCAGGAUGCAAAGACCAUGGUGGAAGACGACCUGCAGCACAAACUGGAGGAGUUUGAGGAAGAGCAAGAGCGCUUAUUAAAACUGGCCAACACAGCCAGCACCCUGGAGAGGGAACUUGAGCAGGUGAAGUUGAGCCUUUCCCAGAAGGACGUGCAGCUGCAGUCACUCCAGAAAGAACAUCUGGAGCUGAUGCGCCAGCUGACAACCACUCAGGAGAACCUGCAAACCAAAGAGCAGUCCAUCAACCAGCUAGAGGCCCGCUACCUGGAGCUGGAUGCCCAGCUGGCUGAGCUGCAGGCAGAGGGCAACGCAAAGGACGACAACAUCCAGUUCCUCCAGAACGAGAAGAUUGUCCUGGAGGUAGCGCUUCAAGCAGCACGGGCCGACAAGAGUCAGCUUGACGAGGGCGCUGAGCGGCUCGGAGAGGAUGUUCUGGUGGCAUCAGAUGUCUUAGAUCAGCUCAGACAGGACGUCCAGGUCAAAACCAACCAGAUUGAAACUCUCCAACAAGAAAAUAGUGUCCUGAAAAAACAAGCUCAGAAAUUUAAGGAGCAGUUCCAACAGCAGAAGGUGAUGGUGGAAGCUUACCGCCGGGACACCAGCUCCAAAGACCAGCUGAUCAGUGAGCUCAAGUCCACCAAAAAGCGUCUGUUGACGGAGGUGAAGGACCUGAAGCAGGAGCUGCUGGGCGUCGAGGGGGAGAAGCAGAAGGCCGAGUUAGAACAGGUCCGGCUGCAGAAGGAGGUGGUGAGAGUCCAGGAGCAGAUGUGUAACAUGGAGGCUCAUCUGCAAACCAUUCAGGAUGAAAGGGGUCAACUAGAACUGCAGGUCCAGUCUCUACAGUUUGACCAGAAUCAGCUAGCAGCAGUGACGCAAGACAACGAGGGCCUCAGGAAACAGGUGGAGCAACUGGAGGGUGAAGCCAAAAAGGCCAUCUCAGAGCAGAAGGUGCGUGUUAAGCGGCUGGGCACGGAUUUGACCAGUGCUCAGAAGGAGAUGAAGGCCAAACAUAAGGCCUACGAGAACGCCGUGGGCAUCCUGAGCAGGAGGCUCCAAGAGGCCCUGAUGGAAAAGGAGGUGACCGACGCAGAACUGGUCAAACUCAAGGCCCAGGUGGCUGAUGGGGGAAACAGCCAGGUCUUACAGGAUAAGAUAAAGGCUCUGCAAGAGGAGCUGCAGGUUGUGACCAGCAGCAAGUCUAUGCUCGAAAGGGAGCUGCAGGAAGUGAUUAACCUCACCUCCACAGAGCUGGAGGAUUACCAGGAGAAGGUGAUGGAGCUCGAGGAUGAGCUUCAAGAGUCACGGUGCUUCAAGAAGCGGAUCAGGAAGUUAGAAGAUGCCAACAAGAAGCUAGCACUUGAGCUGGAGCAUGAAAAAGGGAAAUUGGUUGGAUUGGCACAGUCCCACAAUACACUGCGGGAGCAUUCCAACAUUUUGGAGUCUGCCCUCGCCAAGAGGGAAGCAGAUCUUGUCCAACUCAACUUACAGGUCCAAGCUGUUCUGAAGCGUAAAGAAGAGGAGGACCAGCAAAUGAAGCAGGCAGUACAAACUCUGCAGCUUUCCUUGGAAAAAGAGAAAACCAAAGUCAAGGACCUGAAGGAACAGGUGGCAGCAGCAAAGGCUGAGGCAGCCCACAAUAGACGGCACUACAGGGCGGCCAUGCUGGAGCUGUCGGAGAUCAAGAAGGACCUGCAGGCCAAAGAGGACCUGGUCAAAUCACUGCAGAGGGAAUCACUCAACCUACAGGCUCAGGAUGAACAGCAUGCUCAGGAGGUUUCUCGGUUCCAGGAGGAGCUGAGUGAGGCUCAUUCACAGCUCCAGAUCCUCCAGAAACAACUGGGCGAGGAACUGGCCAAGCAGCCGCUCACUCACCAAGAGGUUGAAGACCUGAAGUGGGAGGUGGAGCAGAGGCAGAGGGAGAUUGAAGCUCAGCGCCAGCAGGUGGAGAUGAUGGAGCAGUGUCAUCACAGGGAGCUGGACAACCUACAGACAGCUCUGGGGAACAUCAAGGUGGAGCUGGAGUCAGUGCAGGAGGAGCUGAGCGGCACCAGGAAGGACAAGUUUAUGCUGCAGGCCAAAGUGGGUGAACUGAGGAACAGCAUGAAGACUGUCCUGCUGCAGAACCAGCAAUUCAAACAGGACCUCAAACAGAGCCGCCUGAGGAAGCAGCGGAUGGAGCUGAAGAGUGAGGGGAGCCCAUCCAACUCUGUGACACCAGUGAAGAUCCCAGACUGCCCAGUGCCUGCCUCCCUCCUGGAUGAGUUACUGAAACCAUCAGCAUCUGUCAACAAGGAGCCCCUCAACAACCUGCACAACUGUCUCCGGCAGCUCAAGGAGGAGAUGGACAGCCUCCAGAAGCAGAUGGAGGAACACACAGUGACAGUACAUGAGUCAGUGGGCACAUGGACAAACACAGAACUGGGACUUCAGAACAACAUCUCAGAAUCAUCAACACCGCAAACCGACAUGGUGGUAAACAACAACAAUGAAGAAGAACAGCAGCAAUCAUAACAGAAGAACUUUUCUCAGGCCAAUAGAGGGAGAGUGGAGUUUUAUCCACAAAGGCACCUUUUAGUCUCAUAAUCUUUCUCUUAACAAUUGCUGCCAACAUUUGGCGUUCUCCCAUUGGCACAGGGGUGCUUUUGCAGAGUAAUACUAUAUAUAUCAUAGCUUUAUUCUUUCCUUUUUUUGAUGGUUGUUUAUAUUUUUGUUUUUGCUAAAUUUACAUUUAUUUAUUUAGAGUUUAAGAAGUGCAACUUUUCCUUUGACAGCCACUAAAAGGAUCCCUCUCUUAGAUUUCCCCUUAGUUCAGCAGUUUUACUCACUAAAAGGUAUUUAGUCAUUGUCCCCCUUUUAUAAAAAUAAAUUGGUGGCUUUGAUGCUGGUUAAUAAUGGCUGACAUUAUUUUUAAGUGUUGUUGGUGACAGAAACAAUGGUUGAGUCUGCCACCAGACUGGCAAUGAACUGUUCUUCCAUUUCGUUGUGCCUGUGUAUGAGUGAAGUUGCCUGACUAUGAUUUAACUGACAUGCUUACACUUCCAUGUUGUUUCUAAAAAAGCUUGUGAUGAAACAUCAUCACUCCUUUUCAGGAAGUUCCAAGUCAUAUACAGCUGUCGUCUGUUUUGUUUGGUAUGGCCUCUUGUUAAAAUGCAGUGUUUCUUAUGUUGGAUGUUACCAUAUCACCUUGGGUUCCUACAGCUCUAUAAACAUUAAUCUCAGUUAUGUAUGAAGGUGUUUUGUCUAGCAUGGACUGCAGUAAUUCGCACGCAAAAAAGCCUUAAGCAAUCUUUAAUAUGCUGUAAAGGACUAAGUCAGUUUGGAUGAACAUAUUGCUGCGGAGGGUGUGUGCAAGAUGUAAUGUGUUGUAUUGUUUGUGUGCGCAAAGAAUGGUUUAUUGUAUAGCAAGUGGGUCACAUCAACUGACAUUGCACAGUAGGUGAUCAAAACUAAACUGACUGAGAGAGAAAGACGUAAAACGAUGCAGAAAAGUUACUUUUAUCAGCAGGUGCAAUGAAAUGUGUUCAUUUUCUGUUAUUACAUUUGGUACAUACUGUAUUAACAAAAAAUAACCCUUGAAUCAGAUGUUAUUCUUGUGUUAUUGCUGUUUCAUGGGUAAUGGGAUAAGUUAAUUGUUUCCAGAGGUUUAAUAUAUAAAUACACUUCCUUUUUUCUAUGAUUGUAACUUUCUCAUGACUGUUUAAUAGUGUAAAGAAGAUGAAAGACAAGAUAUCAAAUGCAAAACCAUGAAUUGAAGCUGAGAGUACUUUUGUAGAGAGGUCAUUGGAUGGUUUAGAUUUCUGCAUGCAAUUUUGCUGCAGCUGCUGUGCUCAUUCCCACGCUAAGGAAAACUGUUUUUGAAACACCAAAUUUCCAAAGGGACAAUACAUAUUUUGAAAAUGCUUGUUGGUGUUAAUAACAACAAAAACAUUGAAGAUUGAACUGUACUCAACUUGAACUUUCACUGUAACUCCAAUCAGUAUGUAACAAUAACAUUUGCUGAGGCACUUGCGCUGUAGGCUAUGCAUUAACUUGCUGUAUGUUUUUUCUUCUUCUUUUCAAAAGACUGGAAUCCAUUCAUUCCUGUUUUAUCAUUUGUGCUGGGAGAUGUGGUUGUAAACGAUGAUAAAAUUGCACUAUUCAUCCGUCA